AUGCAACCCCAUUUCGACGCUCUCUUUGCCGAAUCCGUUCGAUCUAGCCCCAGCCUAUCCCCCUCAAGCUCGUCUUCAAGCCUGUCCACCCAUGGCGCCACCCAGGCCGCCACCCAGGGCGGCAACUACGACGAGCCGCCUUCCAAAAUCGACCUCCGAGCCCUCGACUAUGUUACAGACUACGAUUCGCAUUUGAUGUGUCCGAUAUGCCACGUCCCCUUCCUCCACCCUGUUGUGCUCGAGUGUGAUCAUACGUUCUGCAACUCCUGCCUGAAAGAAUAUCGAGAAGGGGCCAGUAGUGGUGCCCGCUCACGAUGUCCUACCUGUCGAGCUGUCUUAUCGUCGGGACCGCGGAAAGCCUCUCGGCUCAUUGUGAACAUGUGUAAUGAGACCAAAGUCCGGUGUCCCAAUGACGACUGUCAAGAGGUUCUUCCACGUGGCUGUGUCGAACACCACGCUACAAAGGAGUGUCCGCAUGAAAGGCUUCGGUGUCCCGAUCCGAAAUGUGACAAGCUUGUCAAGAGAAGGAAUCAUGUGCCGGCGCAGUGUAUACACAUUUCGCACAUCGAAUGCGACUGCGGGGCGGUGAUCGAACUGGGUAAGGGAGAAUGGUUGCGGCAUAAAGAUGAAGAUUGUCCCAACACCGGGGUAAAGUGUGAGGAAUGCGGGCAAAGGAUCUCGGCCAGUGACUACCCUGGCCACAUCUGCAACCCAGACGACGACCACAGUUGUCCAGGGAAGCAAUAUGGCUGUACAGACGACUUCUCACCUGAAGACUCGGAGGCUCACUUGAAAUCAUGCCCUCUGGCUCGGUUGGCCCCUCAUCUCCAGAAACAAUCACAACUUCUCCAGUCACUGCAAGAGCAGUUGAUCAUGGUCAAAGUACGCAAUGAGGUGCUUGAGAACGGGUUUGAAAAGAUCCAUGACGUUCUGAAUGACCGGGUUCUCCCUUAUGUCUCACAUUCAGACCAUUCGCCAGCAGAAGCUUCGGAUAUUGAAGAAAUUGAACGCGACCAUAUCCCCUCGGCCUUGUCGCAGCGUGAUCUGCUGAUGCCAGCACAUCUUGGCGAUCUGACACCAUCUGCCGACCCAGACUCGUUGUCCAUCUCUCAAACACAACAACACUUGCUGGCCUUACACGAAUCGCUGCGUGGAAAUGUGUCGAACAUUGAGAACAACAUUUCUACCUUGACCAACACCAUCUCCGACCUAGAUGCACGAACAUCUAUGCAAAUCAUGAACGAAACUCUCCGUAUCAAAGAAGACCUGGCCCAUACCAGCGCCGCAUUGUUCAGCACGAGAGCGCAGGUUCAGUGGUUGAUGAACCGAGAGAGGGUAGGACAACAACAACAAGCCAUGGGUAUACGUGGUCGAGCACCAUCUGCGCAGCCUCCAGUGUCAAACCAGGCUCCUUCAGCCCGGAGUUCUGUUUCUGAAGGAGGGGAUUCUUCCGGCCAGGGCCAAAGUCUAGAAGGUCAGCCAUCGGCAUCAAUUCUGGGAUCCAGUCCAAGUUUUCGACCUCAAAUUAGGCGACAGAGCGGUGGUAGUCAAGAGAGAGUCAAGUUAUAA